UAAAAUCAUUAGAUCUGUUAUAAAUAUAGAACUCCACGGCAUUUUCUGAUUAGAUCAUUCGAUUAUUAUCUCCUUCCAUGGUUCUUCACAUCAAAAAGUAAGAAAUGCAAUCAACAUUUCUAUCUUCAUCAUCACUUUUCUUCAACCCUUUUCGUUGCUCAAGAACACGCCUUCAAAACCAUAAUCGGAAAAAGGCGAUCUCGACGAAAAUAAUCGCCACGAGAAGAUCAGAGGCUCAUGAUCAAAACUGUAGCGGACGACUUGUAGAUGAAAACAUGAUUGUUCUACGGAAAAGAAUACAUGAGUUGAAGAUGAUCGAGAGCAACUACGAGCCACCGACGGAUUGGAUGGAGUGGGAGAAACGUUAUUACACGAGCUAUGAUUCGAUUAUAUGUGAUGUUUUGGGUGUUUUGCAAUCCCAGUUGAUGAAUAGUAGGCCGAGCUUGGCUUUGGGGAUACUGGCUUUGAUAAUGUUAAGCGUACCCACGUCUACUGCUUUGAUGUUUUUCCAUUUGAUUGAAACAGUCAAGGGGAUUGUUGUUUCUGGGAUUCAUAUGAUAUAAGAAAAGUGAUGAUCUAUCUCUUUUUGUAAACGGAUAUAAAAUUUAUACAGAGGAAUGAAAUAUUCAUUUGUUUUCUGGAUUUUA